UUCUCUGAAUGAAAUUUGAUAAAAUUCAUAAACUUUAGAAGAAAAAUCCGCAAAUAUUCCAGAAAAAAUUCUCAAACUUUAGUACUUUGAAUAUGUUUCAAGCAGCAAAGUAUUACAAUGCUCGUGCAGGAUCCGUGCGCCUUAUUGAUCAGAAUAACUAUACUUACACCAAGGAGAAGGAAAUCGGAGCAAAAACAUACUGGACUUGUUCAAAGUACAGGGAUAAGGCAAUACAAUGUAAGGCUCGAGCUGUUACAAACAAUGAGGAGAAUGUGAUCAUUACACUAACUGGAACGCAUACCAAUCAUGGAUCUGAAUUAAUGACAAUUAAGACCAAAUUGAUUGUUAAUGAAGCAGUAAGCCGUAGUGCUGAGAACCCCAAUGUUGGCCCUAGAAGAUACCUUGGAGAAAUUCAAAAUAAAGUUGAUGAAACCAAUGCAAACAUUGCGUAUGCUUUGCCAAGCCUUCAAGCUACUAAGCAAGCAAUUGUUCGUGCAAGGAAGAAGAACAAUCCCACUCCAAAGACACCCAACACCUUGGAUGAAGUACUGGAACUAUUUCCUAAGGAUUUGAAGUUUACCUCUGAUCAGGGACUAUUUCUUCGAUUUGGAGGCUGGAUUAGUGAAGAGGAGCAAACUUUGGGUUUGAUUUUUUUCUCAGAGAAUGGGCUUAUGAUGAUGAACAACUCUAAAACCUGGUUUGCAGAUGGCACCUUCAAGACAGCGCCAUCUCUUUUCGCUCAGGUGUACGUGAUAUUUUGUCUAUGCCAAGAUAAGAGAAUAUUGCCUGCAGCCUAUGCCUGCCUUACAAACAAGAAUACUGUUUCAUACGAGAAACUUCUUUUAACAAUUAAGAGCGCAAUGACAGAACCAAUACUAUUGGAGAGCUUUAGAAAUUGACUUUGAAAACGGUAUGAAGAAAGCUUUGAAAAAUGUUUUUCCGGGAGUGCAAGUUAGUUGAUGUUUUUUUCACUUCAAAAAAGCCAUUUGGACCAAUGUUCAAAAUCUAGGACUGACGUCACAUUUCAAUCAAGAUGUAAACUUCCAACUAUGGUUGAAUAUGAUAUACGGCUUAGCUUACCUGCCAGUUUCUGAGAUUGCUGAUUAUUACGAGGAAGGAGUAUUAAAGUUUACAGAGUCAAUGACUGAGGAUGAGUCUUGGGGAGAAUAUGAGGACGAGAUAAAUGAAUUCAUACACUAUCUAGAGAAGACCUGGAUUGGCCGAAUAUUGGGACGAAGUAAUGCCAGACAAUCACCCAUGUUUAAGUAUGAAAUGUGGUCUAUACAUGUAGAUAUUUUGGAUGGUUCCAAGUUUACAUCUAAUUCUGUUGAAGCAUGGAACAAUGCAUGGAAUUCCUCAUUGGAAAAAAAUGCAUCAGUAUGGAAAGUUGUCCAAGGGUUCCGUCGAGAGGAUGGUAUUGUCAAGGGUAAGCUCAGGGACAUUAUGUUUGGUAACCUACCCUCAGAGGAUGCCAGAAGCAGAGCUGGAGGAAGGAAAUCUAGAGAUUCUCAAGUGCAAACCUUUCUUGGUCACUUGGACAAUAAUAAUAGAUUUGAGAACCUAAAACGUUUAGCCGGGUUCCUACUUGGCAAUGUUCCAGUUCUAUAGAUGUAGCUUAUGUAUAAACUUAUCUGUGUAUAAUCUUUAUGUAAUUGGUACAUUAGUAAUUGUAUAAUUAGAUUAAAUAUAUAUAUUGUUUAUUUUUUUA